CAAGAACGAUGAUUCGUCUGAUGUUCUAACUCGGCCCCUGCAACUUCGAAGAGCGAAACCACCAGUAGCCGGGCCCGGAUUUACUGCGCUUCCGCAGAAAUUUGUCUUUUGGAGGUUCAAUGCCGGCAGAGAAUCGCGAUAUAGACAAGCUCACCAUUGAGAGCAGAAAGCCAUGGCCUCUGCUGUACAGACACUGAGGCUCUGUUUGCGCGCCUGCAGAACUGCUCCGGUUGCGCGCAGGUUCCCACCGCGCACCCUGGUGGCCGCCCGACCCAUCUCGACGACGCCGAUUCGAUGGCGGGCCAGCAACACCGACGAUAAUGAUUUGGAGGACGACGAUACGGGGGAAGAGGAUGAUGAGAAAAUGUACGAGCUCGAGUCGAAAAUAACACAGCAAGAGACAAAGGAAGCUGAGGAAGCUCUAAUGAACUCGGAAAAAUUGGUAGCGGAAAUGGAGGAGAUGAUCCGCGAAACCGAAAGGCUGCCCAAGAAGGCUCGAGACACGUUCUGGGGAGAGGAAGAGGAUGAUACUGAUCUUAUCGCCGAAGGAACCGAUGAUGAUGAUUUCAGUGAGGAUGACAUCAUGAGCAUGGCCCACGGCAAGCUCGAGGAACAUCGCGAGUACAGAGAGUAUGCCCGAAUUGCUGCGUGGCAAAUGCCGUUGCUGUCCAAACUGGCGAGACCGUUCGUGCCCCCUACCGCUGAAGAGUGCCUCCGAUUUCGGUACACGUCGUACAUGGGCGAAGAUCACCCGGCCCAAAACAAAGUCGUGGUUGAGUUCUCGCCCCGAGACGUGGGCCUCAACGAGGCGCAACAGCUCAAGCUCAGGAAGCUUCUUGGUCCGCGAUGGAACCCUGAGACGGACGUGGCUAAGAUGAGCUGUGAGCAGUUCGGCCACCAAGCACAGAACAAGCGGUAUCUAGGGGAUGUGAUUGAAACUUUGAUCGCGCAAGCCAGGGACCCCACCGACAUGUUCGAGGACGUCCCCUUAGACACACGGCAUCACAAGUUCAAGGUCAAGCCCAGGUUCCCCAAAGAGUGGCGCCUAACCGAGGAGCGACGCCUAGCAAUAGAGGAUGCGCGACAAAAGUCGUUACUUCUUGACCAGGAAAAGGUGGAAGCUGGAGCUCUCGUGGACGGGAAGGAGAAGGUAGAGCGGUUCUUUGCGCAACCUGUCCCAGCGAUGAAGAUCCCCGAACUAGUGGCCGCGCGUCUGCCUAAUAGGCAGCCAAGACAAAUCCCGAGAACGAGACAGAUGCCAUAGUUUUGAAGCAGGGUGGAAAUGUAUGAUAUGAACUCAUAGGCUGGCGGCUGAGGAGGCUGUCAAAAUGUACAAAUGUAAUAUACAUGUACGCGAAGGCUAUGGGAGAUAUAUCCCUGUCUCUUACACCAUCAUCGCGUGAAUAUAUGGGUGCUGAAGUCACCAAACGAUUGUUCCAGCU